GUGCCUAUAAGCUGACUUGGCUUCGAUUCCCUUCUGCACCAAAAUACAAUGGCGUCGGUUCUUCCGACAACCAUCUUAACAAUCAUAUUAGUCCAAGUGUUGUGUGCGUCGAUUCCCUUCGGGCCUAACUUUGUCUAUCUUCUCUUUGUCAUCACUUGAACCUAAAAGCCUGAGAAUGAUCAUCUUAACAAUCAUAUUAGUCCAAGUGUUGUGUGUGUCAUCAAUCGCCAAAACAAUAUUAUUGAAAUAUGGUAUGAGAGGCCAUUUUCGCUACAGGCCUCUCCAUGGAGGACAACAUGCUGUGGAAGCGUCACCUCCUGAACUUUGCCACCCAGGUGGGGUUGGCUGCCUAUGUGGUUGGCAAGCAAUGGCAGGGAGACGACAAGCAGCUCUUGGCUGCCAUGGUGCUCAUGUUCAUCUCAGGGACCAUCAAGUAUGCCGGCAGAAUAUCGGCACUCAGGUUUGCUGUCAAAUACACAGCACAUGACAGUACUGUUGGCUGGCUGGCACAGGAAUAUACACUUAAUGCGAAACAGGGCGGCCGUUAUUGGGAUCACGAUUGGAUGAUCAAUGAGGUGCCAACCUACCAACGACUGGUAUGGGCAGCUAAAUCAGAGUUCAGUUUCUACAUGGCCUUCCUGAUGCAUAUGACACGGUUGAAAUACAGGUAUUCAUUAGAAGGGCUCCUGUCCAAGGAAUACCGAGUCCAAGUUUGCUACAAGCUCACUGAGAUCCAGCUCUCGAUUGCCUAUGAGUUUCUCUACACCAAGCUUGGAGUAAUGCAUUUCAAGGGGGGACUACUGAAUGGUUGGCUCUCCAAGCUUGUUACACUGGGGUGCACCUUUGCAUCCCUCUUUCUGUUUGCUUGGGAUGAUCUAAAGGGCAGUCUUCUUCCAAACUACAAGAGAGCCGAUAUUAUUGUGUCUUACAUACUCCUAGGUGGAGCUGCCAUCCUGGAGAUAGUCUCUGUUUGCAUUGCCAUCUCACCAUUCAGUGCAUAUUACACGACAGAUGGUGAAAUAAAGAAGAGCAUAUACAAGAAAAGAUAUAGUGAUGUGAUGUUCAGGAUUAUCAGGUAUGUCCAUCCAGAGAGCAGGCCACAGUGGUCACAAAAGCUGGCCCAAUACAGCCUUAUUGGUGAGUGUAUACAAUGGAAGCAAGAAGAUGAUGCUGGUGGUGCUAGUUUCAUGGCCAUAUGUCAGGUGAAGCCCAGAAAAACGACGGCACAUGUUGAUGUCUCUCAUGAGCUGAAGAAGCUCGUCCUACACAGACUGUUACAGGUUGUAAGCACAACGCAUCCGAAUGAUCCAGAUUAUUCAGAUGAUGUGUGGGACAUGAGCAAUUUCACUGGCCAAUGGUCAAAGCUGGAGAUCCGGAGCAAAAUGCAAUCGUCGUCAGAAGCUGCAGCUCGUCUGCAGGAGCUGAUCAGCAACACCACUAAGCAUUCUGAAAGUUUCAUGUUCUCCGUCCUCACCUGGCAUAUAGUGACGGAGAUAUGCUUCUUCAAACAACAUAGCAACAGUGACGACGACGGUGGCAGCAGCAGCAGCAGCUCUGCUCCUCCAUCCUGCAGAUGCAGAGACCCAAGCAGACAACUGUCUAGACUAUGAAGGAGCCCUGGAUGACGAGCGUUCUGUUGUCAUGCGUAUAGCUGACAUGAUACAUGUCGGGGGACCGGGGUUAAGGGGCACCAGGGUUGUGAAUGAGGUAUUAAGCCCUACGGACCAACUUGUCAAGGGAGCUGCUUAUGAUCGAAGAUGCAAAUGAUCGAUGGGAUAUCAUCAUGAAUGUAUGGAUGGAGAUGCUUUGCUACAUGGCAUUACACUCGGAGCAUGGGUUCCACACUACGCAUCUAAGCAAAGGAGGCGAGUUCUUAACUCAUGUCAAGCUUCUAAUAUUGAACAUUUUUGGCCACUGAUCGUGGCAGAUAUGUAACAGAGCCUAAGCUAGUCAUUUUGCA